AUGUCUUCGGAAAAGAGCCACCGCCUCUACGUCAAGGGCCGCCACGUUAGCUACCAGCGUAGCAAGCGCAACUCGAACCCCAACAUCAGCCUGCUCCAGCUCGAGGGUGUCGAAAGCACAAAGGACGCGGAGUGGUACCUCGGAAAGCGUGUCGCCUACGUAUACCGCGUCGGCAGCAGCAAGUCGAACCCCAUCCGCGUCAUCUGGGGCAAGAUCCGCCGAACUCACGGCAACUCUGGUCUCGUUCGCGCUUCUUUCCAGCACAACCUCCCACCAAAGUCCUUCGGUGCCAGUGUCAGGGUUAUGAUGUACCCCAGCUCCAUCUAA